AUGGCAGAUCUGUCCAGUCAACAUGUUGCGGUUGUGAAAAUAUCAAAUGACAGCGAUAUCAAUGCAGUCACGGUGGUGUCGGCAUAUUUUAAAUACAACAUGCCGACCCACAACUUCACGGUGAAGUUGAGGACCAUACUCGAACGUGAAAGCAGGACCAUAAUUGGAGCCGAUGUGAAUGGACACUCGCCGCUCUGGCAUUGUGACAAUACCAAUGACCGCGGAAGACAAACCGUUGAACUGAUUGAGGAUUUUAACCUCGCAAUAGUCAAUCGGGAAAGCGAGAUUAGAACGUACAACCGAGAGGGCAUGGGCUCAUCGAACAUCGAUGUAACCAUCGCAACACCGCAAACCGCGAACCUGGUGCGGGACUGGUCGGUUAUGGAUGUAACCGACUGUGACCAUAACGUGCUGUCUUUCUGCGUUGACCUUAGGACCGACAGAGUGCCGAGAGAGGUCGCACACCGUUAUAAUACCAAAAGGGCUGACUGGGCUAAGUUCAUCACACGCCUGAUCGAUCGUAGAACCGAAAUUGACAGAUCCAACAUUGACACGUAUGCUCGGACGCUAGUCGGCAUAAUUCAGGGUGCAGCCGCGGACUCUAUGCCGAAAACAAGCACUGCCGGCCGGAGGGCAGGUAAACAGCCCUGGUGGACACCUGAACUCACCACCGCCAAAAAGGCACUGAACCGCAUGAGGAGAAUGGGGCUCCAUAGAUCUGAUAGACCGACCUACAUUCAGGCGCGAAAUGCAUACGUAGCCCUCAUUAGAACCGCUAAACUAGAAGCGUGGCGCAUCUUUGCUGGCGACAUCAACGCCAACAAAUGGGGAAAAGCGUUCAGCUGGGCGAAGAACGGCUCUAGGUCCAAGAAAGUCCCCUCCACCAUGGUCCGCCCAGAUGGAGCGAUGACCGAAACGCUGGAUGAGACGGCGGAAAUACUUUUGGGCUCCUUCUUCCCGAGAGAGGGGCAAAGAAGAGUCUUCGAUAAGAGUGGGCCGAUAGAUGAAUACGGUGGCACGGUAGACUUCGAGAGAGUAAAAUCGGCGAUUUGGAGGAUGCGCCCAGGAAAAGCCCCUGGAGCCGACGGCAUCACAGCAGGGAUAUUAAGAAAGGCAUGGCCGAUCCUCGGUGAAGAGAUUGUACAUCUCUUUAGGAUGUGCAUUACCGAAGCCAACUUCCCACAGUCGUGGAAAUGUGCUAAAUUAGUUGUACUGCCUAAGCAGGGGAAAAAGGAUUUCACGAACCCCAAAUCAUACAGACCUAUCAGCUUGCUGCCAACAAUGGCGAAGGCACUGGAAACGCUGAUAAUUCAGGACUUGGUGUUAGAAACUGAUCUAAAUAGUUACAGCCAGCAACAUGGCUUUAUGCCCGGCAAAUCAACCAUCACGGCACGAUAG